AUGCCGUCACCAGGCUUGUCUUCUAUCCUGUUCUGGAGUCUCACAGCGGGAGUCCUGAUCUUACUCGGCCUCGUCUACAACUUCAUCUACCAACUUUACUGGUCACCACUGUCUCGGUUCCCGGGCCCGAGGCUCUGGGCUAUUUCCCGUAUACCCGGCCAAUGGUCCGUAUUCCGGGGAUACGCCCAUCUAGAUAUCACAGCUCUACAUGAACGGUAUGGCCCGGUAGUCCGCAUCAGUCCUAAUGAACUUGCGUUCAAUACACCACGCGCAUUUCGGGAUAUCUACGGUGCUCGACCGGGGGGUUGCUUUCCAAAGGAUCCGUCGCACUAUCUGCCGCCAGCGAAUGGUGUCAACCAUCUCGUUGGGGAGAUAGAUAAUGUCUCUCAUGCGAGACAAAGAAAGUUGUUAGCGCCAGCUUUCUCUGACAGGGCACUGCGGGAGCAAGAACCUCUUAUCACGGGGUAUAUCGAUACGAUGAUUUCCAAGUUGCGAGAGGAGAUUCGAAUGGGCUCUUCGACUCUUGAUAUCAAGAAUUGGAUGAAUUAUACUACCUUCGAUAUCACCGGUGACUUGAUGUUCGGCGAGUCCUUUGGGUGUUUGAAAAAUAGCCAACUACAUCCAUGGAUUGAAUUAAUCUUCAAGUCAAUCAAGGCACUGGCAUACGAUGGUAUGGCGCGACAGUUUCCGCUCUUUCACUCGUUGUUGUUUGCAUUGGUGCCGCAACAAGUCAAGCAAAAGGCCGUAGAGCAUUUUGAUCUCGCCGCUCGUCGUGUGGAUCGCCGUUUGGAGACGGACGCCACCAGGCCGGACUUUAUGUCUGCGAUCUUGCAAAAUGGGCUGAGUGAAUCAAAAGAGGAUUUUCGCGAUGGGCCGAGGAUGAUGACUCGAGCGGAAAUUCACUCGAAUGCAUUCAUUCUGAUCAUUGCAGGUAGCGAGACCAGCGCAACACUCUUGUCCGGCUGUAUUUACUACCUGUGCACAAAUCCGCGCGCUAUGAGCCUCCUCAUCAAUGAGAUCCGAUCUGCGUUCGCCACGGCUGGGGACAUUACAUUCCGAAGCUCUGCUGCGUUGCCGUACCUGGCUGCUGUCAUUGAAGAGUCACUCCGGAUGUAUCCACCUUUCGCUACUAGUCUCGCGCGCAUUGUCCCAGCAGACGGAGCAUGUGUCGAUAGCCAAUUCCUACCGGCAGGGACCGUCGUGAGUUGCCACCACUACGCCUCCUAUCGCUCAACCUCCAAUUUUGCUCUGCCCAAUACAUUCAUCCCGGAGCGAUGGCUGGGAAAUGACAUCCGCUUCGACAGCGAUAAAAAGGAUGUCCUGCAGCCCUUUAGUCUCGGACCCAGAAAUUGUCUUGGGAAGACUCUGGCUUACUGCGAGAUCCGAUUUAUCCUCUGCAGACUGUUCUACAAUUUUGACCUCACUCUGUGUCCCGAGAGCACCAAUUGGACGAAUCAGAAAGUGUAUUUCCUGUGGGAUAAACCGGCGCUCAUGGUUACGCUGCGGGAUCGUUUCAAGGGCUGGGAGAAGGAGUAUGCGUAG